AUGCCCGGCGCAGGCCCCCCUGACCACCACGGUGAUGUCAGAGGUGUGUUCGGCAACCCCCAGGUAUUCAAAGAUACAUUCUCACGUCUCUCGAGCGCUUUCACGGAGGCGAUCAACAAGAUCGAGGACGAAAGCGGCAGCGGGGUUGGAAAUACGGGACAGGCGUUGAUCGGGCGACUGCUGGCGAUGCAGGGCGAGGUGGACUCGUGGAGGGCCGGCAAGGGGCUGGAGGACGUCUCGGAGGACGGGCAGGACGUGGUGGGUGCUGAAGGCGGGCUGUAUAAGGAGUGA